AUGGAAGACGUGACAUCCUUGGUUGUUCAACAUUUAAUUGAAGAAGAAGAACGCGAUGAACAAAUUAUAAGUUUACUGUUCUUAAAAAACAGCAAAAGACAAAAAGUACAUGAUAUGUUUAUAUCCAGGCGAGAGGAAGGGGCGUUUCAAAACCUUAUUUCCAAACAUCUGAUUGAUGAUGAAACCAAAUUUCAUAACUAUUUUAGAUUAACCAAAUAUCAAUUUGAUUUUGUAUUAUCUGCUAUUGCAAAGGACGUAUUUAAAGCGCCUACAACCACGGUUAAAUGUCCAAUAACACCGAAGGAAAAACUAGCUGUGACAUUAAGGUACUUGGCAACUGGCGAAUCGUAUAGAUCAUUGGCUUUCAAUUUUCGAAUUUCACAUUGCGAAAUAUCAAAUAUUGUAAAAGAAGUAUUACUAGCUAUAUGUGAAAAUCUUAUGCCUAUUCUUUUACCACCACCAACUGAAAAUGAUUUUAAAACACGAGCAUCAGAAUUUUGGGAGAGGUGGAAUUUUCCAAACUGUGUUGGAGCCAUAGACGGGAAACAUGUACGUGUUAUGUGUCCAGACCAAACGGGAUCCCUCUACUUCAACUACAAAAAUUAUUUUUCUGUUGUGUUGUUAGCGAUUGUUGACGCUAAGUAUAAAUUUUUAGCAAUAGACGUCGGGUCUUAUGGCAAAGAGGGUGACAGUGGUAUUUUUUCAAAAUCUGUCAUGGGACAACGGAUCUAUACAGAGAAAUUUGGGUUACCUUCUGAGGAUAUUCAACUUCCUGGUUCUGACAAAUGUUUACCCUAUGUUAUAGUUGGAGAUGAGGCAUUCAGGUUACAUAAACGUAUUAUGAAACCUUUUAAUAGAGCACAAGCUAAAGCCGAUUUCGAAAAAAGUGUUUUUAAUUAUCGUUUAUCUCGUGCUAGGAGAGUUUCUGAAAAUGCAUUUGGUUUGUUAAGCCAAAUUUUUAGAGUAUUUUAUACACCGAUCGCAAUUAAACCAGAAACAUGCGAUUUAUUAAUUACAGCCACAUGUUGCUUGCAUAAUUUAAUUCGCGAUGGAUACGAAGAAAUAAAUACACAAAUCGUACAUGAAGAAUUAACCAACACGCAAACAACUAUGCGACCAUUGGCAAGAUUUGGAGGAUAUGGAAACGUGGAAGGUUUUGAAGUACGAGAUGCCUUCAAAUGUUUCUUCAACGGAGAAGGCAAAGUGAAUUGGCAGAACCAUGUAGUUUCGAGAAUCUAA